GAGCAAUUCGAGCGCCCCAAACCUCCAACACUCAAAUCCUCCGACCCGACCGACCCGAUCGCCGUCUUCCGACAACCCCCCCGCGCAGUUUGUCAAUUCCUUCCGAUUGACCAGAGCGCACCCGCUGCAGCAGCAGAGAUGGAUCCAGGCCGGUCGAGCGACGUGUCGCCAGAGGCGAUGCAGGCACGCAUCCAACAGGCACGUCGCGAGGCUGAGACGCUCAAGGACAGGAUCAAGAGGAAGAAGGAGGAGCUUGCGGACACGACGCUCCGCGCGGUCGCCGCCCAGGCCCACGAACCGAUCCCCAAGAGCCAACUGAUGAGGACGAAGAGGACAUUGAAAGGGCAUCUCGCCAAGAUCUACGCUAUGCACUGGUCGACCGACCGGAGGCACCUCGUUUCGGCAUCACAAGACGGAAAGCUGAUCAUCUGGGACGCGUACACGACAAACAAGGUCCACGCCAUCCCGCUGCGGUCGUCGUGGGUAAUGACAUGCGCCUACGCACCGAGCGGGAACUUUGUCGCCUGCGGCGGUCUCGACAACAUCUGCUCCAUCUACAACCUCAACCAGAACCGCGACGGGCCCACGAGGGUAGCGCGUGAGCUGUCCGGCCAUGCCGGCUACCUGUCGUGCUGCCGCUUCAUUAACGACCGCAGCAUCAUCACCUCGUCGGGCGACAUGACGUGCAUGAAGUGGGAUAUCGAGACCGGCACCAAGGUUGUCGAGUUCGCCGACCACCUGGGAGACGUCAUGAGCAUCAGCCUCAAUCCGACCAACCAGAACACGUUCAUCUCGGGCGCCUGCGAUGCCUUCGCCAAGCUCUGGGAUAUCCGCGCCGGCAAGGCGGUGCAGACUUUUGCCGGCCACGAGUCCGACAUUAACGCCAUCCAGUUUUUCCCGGACGGCCACUCCUUCGUAACAGGGUCCGAUGAUGCUACCUGCCGCCUGUUCGACAUCCGCGCAGACAGGGAACUCAACUUCUAUGGGUCCGAAUCGAUCCUGUGCGGCAUUACCUCGGUUGCCACCUCCGUGUCUGGGCGGUUGCUUUUUGCUGGUUAUGACGAUUUCGAGUGCAAGGUUUGGGAUGUUACUCGGGGCGAGAAGGUCGGCUCGCUCGUGGGCCACGAGAACCGUGUCAGCUGCCUGGGCGUGUCCAACGACGGCAUAAGUUUGUGCACGGGUUCCUGGGAUGCUUUCCUCAAGGUGUGGGCCUAUUGAUUGCCCUCUUCAUGUCACGAUCUGCACUACUGGAUACCCGACCCCCCAUUGCGCCGCCUGAGAAAGACUAUCGAGUGCCCCCUUCCCUUUUCCCCCUCUUACCUUCCUGUGUCUAAUCCAACUUUGUUCGCACGCCUGCAUAAUCGAGGGCCCGGUGAGCCUAGGGCGAACUUGUCACGACAGCCCCUCCUUGCGCCGUCACUGCGCACCUUUGCCCUUGUGCCAGUCUAAUCCGGGUCGAAUCGGCCG